GUGUUGAUGCAGAACAAUAUAUCACGGCCCUCUGAUGGUCAAAUUGGCAUUUUGGCCAUUUAUUAACACCAAGUCACAGUUAUGGUUCAGAAAAAAAAAACCUGACUUUGUUCAGCAGUGUGAUCAAGAACUCCCCCCUCGCGCCCACAUCCCCCACACUUUUGAAGUUUUCUACACCCCUGGUGCUACCUAUACCUUCAGCUCAAGCACACAACACCAAUCCAUGCUGCCCUCAACUCUGAACGGUGUUUUAAGUCUGACUGCACCAACUUCAGCACAGCAUGGUUGUGGACAGCGGACCCUGGUUGGGCCCCCAGGUGCAUCUCGGAUAGUGGGUGGCCGGGAGGCCACUGAGGGGGCGUGGCCCUGGCAGGUCAGCAUCCGUAUUCUGUCCAGGCAUCACUGUGGCGGGACAAUCCUCAACAGCCACUGGGUGCUCACCGCUGCACACUGCUUUUACAAAUACAGACACAUCAGCAAAGGCCAGUUUAGUGUGGUGGCAGGCCUGCAUGUGCUAUCCACUCCUGGAGCUCACGCCCAGAUCUGCUCCAUCAGAGAAUUCAUAAUGCACGAGGACUACGAUGCUGUCACAUCUGACAACGAUGUGAUGCUGGUGCUGCUCCAUUCUCCUCUCAACUUCACAGAUCACAUCCAACCUGUCUGCGUUCCUCAUAAUGUGACCCAUGAGUUCAUGCUGAACUUCAGUCACUGUUUCAUCACUGGAUGGGGGAGCACCUACUUCAAAGGCAGGCUGAUGGGCAGACUACGGGAAGCUGAGGUGGAGCUCAUUGACAGGAGAAGGUGCAACCAGCGCACCUGGUACAACAGCCUCAUCACUGAGAACAUGCUCUGUGCAGGACUGGAGAGCGGAGCAGCUGAUUCAUGUCAGGGGGACAGUGGGGGUCCCUUGCAGUGCUACAGUGAAGAAGAAGAAAGGUUUUAUGUGCUAGGAGUGACAAGUUUUGGAGAGGAGUGUGGACUUCCUCGCAGACCUGGGGUGUACACCCGGACCAGCAGGUUUGCAGGUUGGCUGAAGGCAAAGCAGUGGACGGCUGCUGCAGCUUCUGUUGCACACAAACUGAACACAAAGAUGAUCUCAGCUCUGCUCUGCACUGCUCUCAUACUGCUGUGAAACAUCC